GACUGAGGUUCUAUCUACAGGGCGAUUCAUCUGGACUGACUGAGGUUCUAUCUGCAGGGCGAUUCAUCUGGACUGACUGAGGUUCUAUCUGCAGGGCGAUUCAUCUGGACUGACUCAGGUUCUAUCUAUUUUUCCAUCUAAGCAUCUUGAAACUGCAGAAUGCUGACAGCCUACGAACAGGUUGCUAUAUCAUGCUUGCUUAAGCUGAAAUGAUUUGCAGAAUUUUAGGAAUAGGGAUAUGGGGUUGAUGAUAAAUAUUCUAACUGUGCUUAACCUGGAACCCUGGACAUACUAGAAAAGUAUGGCCAAGAGACAAAAUGGUUAUGAUCCAUAUCUGAGAAAUCAGGAGUGUUUUUGAAUUCUAUGUAUAAAUAAAGACAUUUCUGAUUGCAAGUCAAGAGUUGCAAAGCAUCCUUGUCUUGGUGUCUGAGUCAACCUUCCCCUCACCUGAUCCUUAUAUCCUCUCUGGAACCUCUUCACUGUUGGGCUGGGCUCCUAUACCCCAGCUGUAAUAACAGCAUAAAACUACAUGCAAUCUGAGGGCUUUCCUGUGAGCAACAUAAUAAAAGGCUGAAACUUAGGCCAGCCAGAGGAAGAACUGUUUCAUGAAGAGUUCACAAUGGGAGGACUUGUCAGACCACCGCAGAAGAUAGAGAAGCAGACACUGUGAUGGGCCAAUGCUGAGCCAGCCUACAUCUGGACCUGGGCUGCUUAGCCAGGCAUAUAAAUCUCUGGUCUGAAGAGUUCCAAACUCUGGAGACCCUUCCUCAAGCCUCAGGACAUUGCGGCCACCCAAAGAUCACAAGAAACCAUACCUGGAUGCAAUCAGCAGAGGAUUAUUAGGGAAAGAGCUGGCAGCCAUCGGUCUGACCAGAUUGUUCCUAACUUCAUAAAGCGUAUCCAGACCAAAAUCAAAGAUCUUCUGCAGCAGAUGGAGGAAGGGCUGAAGACGGCUGAUCCUCAUGACUGCUCUGCGUACACUGGUUGGACAGGCAUAGCACUUUUGUACCUGCAGCUGUACCGGGUCACUGGUGACCAGACCUACCUUCUACGAUCCCUGGAUUACGUGAAGAGAACACUCCGAAAUUUGAGUGGACGCAGAGUCACUUUCCUUUGUGGAGAUGCUGGGCCCCUUGCUGUGGGAGCUGUGAUAUAUCAUAAACUCAAAAGUGAAUGUGAGUCCCAGGAAUGCAUCACAAAACUUCUACAGAUGCAUAGAACUAUUGUCUCUCAAGAAUCAGAGCUUCCUGAUGAGCUGCUGUAUGGACGGGCAGGAUACCUGUAUGCCUUACUGUACCUGAACACAGAGAUUGGCCCCGGCACUGUUGGUGAGACAGCUAUUAAAGAGGUUGUCACUGCUAUUAUUGAGUCAGGAAAGAGUCUAUCAAGGGAAGAAAGGAAAACUGAGCGCUGCCCCCUGUUAUAUCAAUGGCACAGGAAACAAUAUGUUGGAGCAGCCCAUGGUAUGGCUGGCAUCUACUACAUGUUAAUGCAGCCAGAAGCAAAAGUGGACCAAGACACUUUAAUAGAAAUGGUGAAACCCAGCAUUGAUUAUGUACGCCACAAAAAAUUCAGAUCUGGAAAUUAUCCAUCUUCACUAAGCAAUGAAACAGAUCGAUUGGUCCACUGGUGCCAUGGUGCUCCAGGAGUCAUCCACAUGCUCUUACAGGCGUACCAGGUUUUUAAGGAGGAAAAAUACUUGAAAGAGGCCAUGGAGUGCAGCGAUGUGAUUUGGCAGCGAGGUCUGCUCCGGAAAGGUUAUGGAAUCUGCCAUGGAACCUCUGGAAAUGGUUAUUCUUUUUUGUCCCUUUAUCACCUGACGCAGGAUAAGAAGUAUCUCUAUCGAGCUUGUAAGUUUGCAGAGUGGUGUCUAGAUUACGGAGCACAUGGAUGCCGCAUUCCUGACAGACCUUAUUCCCUCUUUGAAGGUAUGGCUGGUGCUGUUCACUUUCUUUCUGACAUCUUGGUACCAGAGACAGCACGAUUUCCAGCAUUUGAACUUGGCUUUUUGCAGAAGGAUUAAAAAGGUGCAUAAAGACAACUAACAUACCCGUUGGACCAAAAGCCACCUGACUGAUUAGUGCCUGACACAGAACCUCCUGUAAACCCUAAAAGAAGAAGACAGAAGGACUGAAACCUUCGCAAGCCCCCUUUGUUGCAAAGACCCCCCAAUUAGAGCAUGAUCAAUAGAAAUCAGGUCAUCAGCAUUCUGUGACAGCGUGUCCCUUAAAGGUGUGAAACCUGAAUCCUUCAUCUCUAGGCUCCUUGUAGUAUGCAUGUUUCUUGGUGCUUGUCAUAGGUGUAAAUUGAAUAACUAGAAAAGCUACACUCAUUACAUGAACUCCUAGCUGAGCACAUGUGAAUGUUAAAAGCGACAGGCACACAUUUUUGUAUAUAGUAUCUAAAACUAGGGUUUCAUCUCUAUCAACAAAGAAACGGUUGUGUGAUAUCUGUUGUGACCAUCAGCUAGCAGAUCUAGAUAUCCUGUGAGAAUACUGUGUUAGCAUUUUCCAUGAGCAUAAGUGAGAGAUGGCUUUUCAAACAAGAAUGAAAGUGGGCAAGUCAGUGUGCACUGCAGAGCUCAGAAAGGCACAGUUGACACCUCUUCCCUCUUUGUGUCUUGUGGUCAACAUAAUUAAUAACUAAGCAUUCGGAAUUUUGAGACAUUUACCCAGAUACAUAUUAUUAAAACAUAUACCUCCUUACUGUUUUCAAAAUAGCUUAUUACUAUAUAAAACAGAGUAGCUGUAAUGCCAGAAAGAUCUUUCCAUUUCUCUUCAAAAAUUUAUUUCACAUUUUGGUAAAUUAUAAAUUUGAAAUUAAUACAUUCCUUAUUUUUCAUCCAGUUUGGGGUGAUAAAAUAAGUUCUAAGAUGAAUUUAUACAUGUAAGGAACAAAGUAUUUUAAACAAGACAAUUAUUAUCUGGGUGAUUUUUAAAAUUAUUUUUAAGGGCAUUAAUUUUGAUUUGCAUACUGUUAGAAAUUUUGUCACAUAAAUUUCAGAAUUUGGUUGUUGUUCAGGGUAUGAGUGGGCUAGAUUUUCUAAGCAUGUUUUAUUGUGUAAGAGAAAUUAAUGUAUGUUUCUUGAAGAAAGCCUCUGGGGCUGUCUUGUAAACCUUUCUCUGCAUCAGUGUGGAGCUUGCAGGGCCCUGAUUUUAGCAAGGGCCCUCAGAGCAGCAGCAGUGGUGACUCUCCCCAGUGUGUUUUCUCAUACUUGUUUGAUAGAUACUUCUAUCUUUCUGACCAACAUGCUGAGGGAAAAAUAAAUGCCCAUAGAAUAAAUGGAGAUGAUUUUGUUUACAGAUUUACUUUUAAGACAGGUGGAUUGGUACCUUCCUGCUUACCCCUAGGUAUCAGUACACGUACAUUUCAGUGACGACAUUGACUUCCUUUCUUGUAUCCACGAUAUGUGCUGCUGUGUGUCCCAUGAGGCUGCAGCCCCAAUCCCACGAGGCUAAGGGGAAAUGGCAUGUGAACCAGGACUUAGGGGUCACAUAUGGCCAUUUCAGAGUUAUAAACGUUUAAAAUCAAAUUUAAGAACAAUCUCACUUUUGUUUCUUAGGCUUGUAUUCUGUCAACAACUGUAUUUUCAAUGUGUUGGAAAAGUUAGAAUAUGUACACACAAAAUACCAUUUUGGAAUCUUAAGGGGAAAAACUAAUGUUCACAAAAAGUGUUUGGGGUUCUUCGGUUUUGUUAAUAAAAGACAGUUUUGUGGUGAUGACU